CUGUAUUGAGGUGGUGUAUUGUUUUGAUGUUUGCUAGCGGCUGCUUGAUUUUUAAAAUGCCAGUUCUACAUUAACCACCGAAAGAUGUUCACCAAGUUAUUAGGCUCUGUGCUUUUGAUUCUUUUUCUGAAUGAGGUGACUUUGGCACCCACAGCUUCAGUCACAUCACUUGUGCCGUCUAUUAACGACAAUGGCGUUAUUGUACUGCCGUAUGAUAAUAAAUAUUACCUGAGGAUCGAUAUUGAGGGAACGGGAAGGGAGGAGACCGUUGAGGAGAUUGGCCCGGAUCAGCUCCAAGUUAAGGGCACCUUUGGACAGCCCUUUCCAGGAUCCAAGUACCUUUUGGUGACCUACGAGGCCGGGCCAAAUGGCUAUGUGGCCAAGUACAGCCUAUCCGAAUUACAGAACCAGGUUCAACACCUACCACCCGCUGCAUUGAAAACUGCCGCCGGAUAAAAAACAAAUCAAACUGAUAAGUGAUAUAGCCAAAUGUGAAAUUCUUAACUUCAUGAAAAAUAAAAUCAAAUUCCAAAUUACCAGAA